AUUCGUGCCUGUCUGUGGCAGUCUGCGGAGGGAAGAGCAGUCUGCGGAGGGAAGAGCUGGUAGAAGCACUCUGCUACAGGACUAAGCUCUAUUUUCAAAUAUAUAGAGCCAGCCUGGAUUCUGCCUUCCCUCUCCUGGCUUCUCCAGUGAGCUGCUCUGCUCAAUCUGUGCUGAGAUCUCCUUUUGAUCUGGGCACCUGUUCCAACUCAUCAGCCAGGUGAAGGUGAUUCUUUCUCUGUCUCCCUCAGCCAUUGUUUUGGGGCUUCUUUUCCUCCCUCCCUCCUCUCUGUGUUCAGCCCUGCCUCAUGCUUUGAGUGAGUGGGUUUGGCUGUGGCUUGCAGUGCGCGUGGAGCUCCAGAAUAUUCCUCACUAGAGUGAAGGUGUGGAACACUGGAGUAGAAUACUGAGACAGAACAGUGAGGUGUUUUGGUGAGGUAGAAUUAUUUUGUAGAAUACUGAUUUAGAACACUGAGGUAGAAUUUCUGAGUAGCAUUCUGAGCUGGAACUUUAGCAAUAACUUUAAUUCUGAAGUAGAAUACUGUGGUGGAAUACUUGAUCGGAAUACUGAGCUAGAAGUAUUUUGUGGAACAUUGAGGUAGGUACUGUAGAGUAGGGAGGAUGGGGGGUCAUACUGCAGUGGUGUGUUUGGUUCUGCUGGCCCUAUGCUGUGUGCUACUGCUAAGAGGAGGGGAGAGCGCAGGAGGCAUAGUCUCUAUAGGCCAGGCUGUGGAGGAGAGAGGGAUGGAUGGAGGAAUGGAGGCCCUACAUGGAGAGGAGUCCCAGGAUGAGCCGGCUAAAGAACAGGAGCUCACAGAGACGCAAAGACAGACUGGCAAGGCAAAGAGAGCCACAGAGGAAGAAGCCGCACCAGCCCGGGUCAGGAGAGCCCCAGAGGAGGAGGAGGGCAAAGGGAAGAAAAAAAAGGGUAAGAAGGACAAGAAGAACAAGGAGUCUAAAGCAGACAAAAAGCUGAAGGACAAGGGAGGCCGCCGCGGCAAAGCACCAACAACUCCACCACCGACAACUACCACACUACCACCGACCACUACCACAGAGGUGUACACAGAGCCAGAGGAUGACUACUGGAACCCUGAUGAUGAUAAGCCAGCCACCCCAGAGACUGACUCAGAGGAUGACUACUGGAACCCUGAUGAUGAUAAGCCAGCCACCCCAGAGACUGACUCAGAGGAUGAGUACUGGAACCCUGAUGAUGAUAAGCCAGCCACCCCAGAGACUGACUCAGAGGAUGACUACUGGAACCCUGAUGAUGAUAAGCCAGCCACCCCAGAGACUGACUCAGAGGAUGACUACUGGAACCCUGAUGAUAAUAAGCCAGCCACCCCAGAGACUGACUCAGAGGAUGAGUACUGGAACCCUGAUGAUGAUAAGCCAGCCACCCCAGAGACUGACUCAGAGGAUGACUACUGGAACCCUGAUGAUGAUAAGCCAGCCACCCCUAGAACCCUGACUGACUCAGAGGAUGAGUACUGGAACCCUGAUGAUGAUAAGCCAGCCACCCCAGAGACUGACUCAGAGGAUGAGUACUGGAACCCUGAUGAUGAUAUGCCAGCCACCCCAGAGACUGACUCAGAGGAUGACUUCUGGAAGGGAGAGGAGGAGGAGCCUGCAGGCCCAGUGGUCGACCCAGAAGAUGACUAUUGGAAGGGAGAGGACCCGACGGCCACAUCCCCCCCUCUUGUGGUGGAUGGAGAGGUGGACACGGGAGAUGAAGACUACUGGGAAGCCAAAUAUGAGGUGCCCGAGAAUCUUCCUUUCCCUGACGGUAAAGAGGUCGUCCCCACAGAGAAAGAUGACUUGAGCUACGCUGUCACAGAGGAUUCUAUUACACCACCACCUACCCAUGAAAGUCCAUGGUACGAGGAGUAUGACUAUGGAUAUAGUGGUGGAGAGACAAAAAAACAGGAGGAGGAGGAGGAGAGGGAAAGACAAAGGAAAGAAAAGGAGAGAGAGGACAGAGAGAGAGCUCAGCAGAGGAGGGAGGAGGAAGAUAGGGAAAAAGCCAAGAAGAGACCACCCGUAUUCAAAGAGCCCAAAAAGUGUCCUCCCCUGGGUAUGGAGUCUCACAGGAUAGAAUCAGACCAGCUGCUGGCCUCCUCCAUGUCUCACCACCGUUACAGCCAGGGCAGGGCACGGCUCAACAUGCAGGCUUCAGAGGAUGAGGACGACAUGCAUGGUGGGGCGUGGUGUCCUAACCAAGGGGACAACAUUCACUGGUUUGAGAUUGACGCUCGCAAAGUAACAGAGUUUACUGGGAUCAUAACACAAGGACGAGACUCACGCAAUGAGAGUGACUUUGUCACAUCGUACUAUGUGCAAUUCAGUAAUGACAGCAGAGAAUGGACAACCAUGAAUGACGGUUACUCUGACUGGUUGUUCUUUGGUAACUCUGAUAAGGACACCCCAGUGCUGAAUCAGUUAGCUGAGCCCAUACUAGCUCGCUACAUCAGAGUCAUCCCUCAGAGCUGGAACGGCAGUUGCUGUAUGAGGCUGGAGGUGCUGGGAUGCCCACUGCCUGACCCCACCAGUGCCUACCAGAGGUUGCAGAAUGAGGUGACUCCAGUCCAGUACCUGGACUUCAGACAUCACAACUACUCAGAUAUGGUCACGCUGAUGAAGUCUGUGUCUGAGGAGUGUCCCAACAUCACCAGUAUGUACAGCCUGGGCCGCAGCUCCAAUGGACUAGACAUCGUGGCCAUGGUGAUAUCAGGCAACCCCACAGAACAUGAGAUAGGUGAGCCAGAGUUCCGAUACACGGCUGGUCUCCAUGGAAAUGAGGCAACAGGGCGGGAGAUGGUUCUUCUUCUGAUGCAGUACCUUUGUAAGGAGUACAGAGACGGCAACCCCAGAGUGCGCCGCCUGGUGGAGGGAAUGCGUACCCACCUGGUGCCCUCUCUGAAUCCUGACGGACAGGAGAAGGCCCUCAUAGUGGGUUCAGAGUUGAGUGGUUGGACCACAGGCCACUGGACGGAGGACGGCCAUGACAUCUUCCACAACUUCCCCGACCUGAACAGUGUUCUGUGGGAGGCAGAGGACAAGGGUAUGGUGCCCAAACUGACCCCCAAUCACCAUGUCAAGAUCCCUGCUGACACAGUGGGGGACGACAAGAUAGCUGUGGAGACUCAAGCCAUCAUCUCAUGGAUGGAGAGCCACCCGUUUGUACUGGGGGCCAACUUCCAGGGAGGGGAGAGGGUAGUGGCCUACCCCUACGACAACCACCGCCUAACCAAGGCCGCCAGCACCAGCGAGAGAGACCGGGCACACAGCCGCAAGAAGAGACAGUUCGAGGAUGAGUAUGACAGAGGGGCAGAUUGGGAUAGAGGCUACGACCGUGAGGAGCCAGAGGAUGAUGAUAGAAACAGGGGAUACCAGGAACCAGAAGAAGAGCGUUGGAACAGGGGAUACCAGGAACCAGAAGAGGACCGGCGGAACAGGGGAUACCAGGAACCAGAAGAGGACCGGCGGAACAGGGGAUACCAGGAACCAGAAGAGGACCGGCGGAACAGGGGAUACCAGGAACCAGAAGAGGAGCGUUGGAACAGGGGAUACCAGCAGCCGGAAGAGGACCGAUGGAACAGAGGAUACCAGGAACCAGAAGAGGAGCGUUGGAACAGGGGAUACCAGCAGCCGGAAGAGGACCGGCAGAACAGGGAGCUGGAGGAGGAGUGGAGGGGGCAUGGCUAUGGCCACAGAGAAGAGGAAGAAGAGGAUGACAGAGGGGGACAUCAGGAAGCAGAGCCUGAGGAUGAACCCAGGACCACGGCAGACGCCUCCUUUUUCAGGUGGUUGGCUAUCUCCUACGCCUCCACUCACCUGUCCAUGACAUACACUUCCCACGGCUCCUGUCAUGGCGAUGACAUCACUGGCGGCGUCGGAAUCAUCAACCGCGCCAAGUGGAAGCCCAUCACAGGAAGUAUGAAUGAUUUCAGCUACCUGCACACUAACUGUCUGGAGCUGUCAAUGUUCCUGGGCUGUGAUAAGUUCCCCCAUCAGAGUGAGCUGGUCAUUGAGUGGGAGAAGAACAGAGAGGCCAUGCUCACCUUCAUGGAGCAGGUACAUCGUGGGAUCAGGGGCGUGGUGAAAGACAAUGAGGGGAACCCCAUCACUAAUGCCACAGUGUCUGUAGAGGGGGUCAACCAUGAUGUCACUACAGCUGUAACAGGGGACUACUGGCGCUUGUUGAACCCAGGUGAGUACCGUGUGACGGUGCGGGCAGAAGGCUUCACCCCCCUGACCAAGCUGUGUGUGGUGGGCUACGAGCCAGGGGCAACUACCUGCAGCUUUAACCUGGCCAAGUCCAACUGGGACCGCAUCAAACAGAUCAUGGCCCUGCACGGCAACAAGCCCAUCCGCUUGCUCAGCCACGGCAACGGUGGAACACGACGGAACACCGCCUCCAACGGUAACAGCCGUGUGGUGCAUAACAAUGGCGCUGCCGCCAAUGAACCUGAGACGAGUCGCAUGCGCCAGCAAAAGCGGAGGCUCGGCCGCCUCCGUCGUCUACGACAACAGAAACUGAUGAGAUCGACAACAACUUUGCCCCCGACAACCACACCGGUUCCCACGACAACAGAGGCAGAGCCCACCACUGCCUGGUACGACUCGUGGCUCAUAGGAGAGGGGCAAACAUCAGCUCCAGAAGGUUUCACAGACUCCAUCUUGGAUUACAACUACGAGAUCGACGAUUACUAAGGGUAACACCAAGACCGUGUUCCAAUACAUCCUUUCUCCCCAUUUCCUUAAAAUAAUCAAGGUAGGGAAGGAAGAAGUUGAACAGGACCAAUUUGUCAGUCAAGCCCAGACUGUUAACUCAAUUCCUGGACAAUUAAGUGACCCCUUGAAAAUCUGAGUGGACUGGAUCUGUUUAAGCAAUAUGGCUUAAUCUCAUUUACAUCUCCAAUAGGAUAGAUUGACUCUCUCCCUCCUAUAUUACUGAACCCAUCCAUUCUUUCAGAUCUACAAAUGGGCCACAAGAAGCGUUUAGGUAUAUUUACAGAAACUCAAAAGGAACAAUGAUGUUGAAUAGUCAGGCACACACGCUAAUGUCAAGUGUUCUGUAUAACUGCUUGAGUAGGUCUUUUGAUACAAAGUUCAACACAAAUGAAAAUGUCAGUACCGAUAUCUGGGAAGGUCCUUUUACACCAAUUCAAGGCCUUCCUAGAGAAUGUGCUUCAGAGAUCAUGUAUAUGUGCUGGUUGUAAAUUAAAUGUAUUUUUACCACCUCCACCCCUGAAGAGUAAAUAGAAAGAAGCAAAAUGUAUUUCUUUGAAAAAAGUGAGGAUUUAUUUACAUUAUUUUCACCCAUGACAGCAAAACCAUAAUACCGACAGACAUUAAAAUGUUAACUUCACAAAAUGUUAGUUGAAGGUUGAGAGAACUCGAGAGAUUUUCUGAAAUGUUCCUCAUAACGUAGCUGAGGAAAGUUAUUUUUUCAAUGAAUAAAGGCUCAUUUACAUACAG